AUGGGGCAUCGUACUCUAGCUUCUUUCCCGGCCCUGUGGGCCUCCAUCCCCUGUCCACGCUCGGAGCUGCGCCUGGACCUGGUUCUGGCUUCCGGACAGUCCUUCCGGUGGAGGGAACAAAACCCUGCGCACUGGACUGGAGUGCUGGCGAACCAGGUAUGGACACUGACCCAGACUGAGGAGCAGCUCUACUGUACUGUGUACCGAGGCGACAAGGGAUGGGUUGGCAGGCCUACAUCAGAAGAGCUAAAGACUGUGCACCAGUACUUCCAGCUGGAUGUCAGCCUAGCUCAACUAUAUCACCAUUGGAGUUCUGUGGACCCCCACUUUCAAGAGGUGGCUCAGAAAUUCCAAGGUGUGCGACUCCUGCAACAGGACCCUAUCGAGUGCCUUUUCUCCUUCAUCUGUUCCUCCAACAACAACAUUGCUCGCAUAACUGGCAUGGUAGAACGGCUCUGUCAGGCCUUCGGACCUCGGCUCAUCCAGCUUGAUGAUGUCACCUACCAUGGCUUCCCCAGCCUGCAGGCCCUGGCUGGGCCAGAGGUAGAGGCUCAGCUCAGGAAGCUGGGCCUGGGGUACCGUGCGCGCUACGUGAGUGCCAGUGCUCGAGCCAUCCUAGAAGAACAGGGCGGGCUACCCUGGCUGCGGCAGCUGCACAUGGCCCCCUAUGAGGAGGCCCACAAGGCCCUCUGCACCUUGCCCGGGGUGGGCACCAAGGUGGCUGACUGCAUCUGCUUGAUGGCCCUAGACAAGCCCCAGGCCGUGCCCGUGGAUGUCCACAUGUGGCAGAUUGCCCAGCGUGACUACAGCUGGCACCCCACCACGUCCCAGGCCAAGGGUCCAAGCCCCCAGGCUAACAAGGAACUGGGAAGCUUUUUCCGGAGCCUGUGGGGACCUUAUGCUGGCUGGGCCCAAGCAUGUCCUCCCUGCUGCCCCCAGGUACUGUUCAGUGCUGACCUGCACCAACCCCACCGGGCUCAGGAGCCACCAGCAAAGCGCAGGAGAUCUACAGACCCAGAGGGCUAGGUGGGGGGCACUGGACAAAGGGGUUCCCCAAAUACCUCUCCCCCCAUCCAGUCUUGUGUUGGGAAGGGGGCUUCCUGCAACUAC